CAGAAAUAACAGCAUUGGGUGUGUGUUGUUUGGAGACAUGGUAGACCAAAUUCUACCAUAUCUCGAGGGAGAAAGGGUGGAGCCUCUGAUAGUUAUAGCUCAAUGCUUUAAACCGAGCAGGUGGAAUGAAAAAACAUCAGUGCAGAGUCACUUUGAGUAUUCUAAGUUACGUAUUAAUCCUGAUUUGGAAGAGGUUAGAGAUUUCCAUAACAGGAGGCUUUCUGAAAAACCGGCAAACUCGGCCAGAAUUAGUCAAGUUUCAUCCCAUGGCCCGCGAUCUGGUGCCGACGAGCUAAAAAAGGGAGAUGUUGCUGUUAAAACUAUAGAAGAAGCCAUCAGCUCAACACAGGAAGGGCCUAUAUGGAUUGCCGGUACAAUAAUUUCAAUUAACUCUGGCAAGGAUGAUUGGUAUUACAAAUCAUGCCGAAAAUGUCUAAAGAAAGUAGAAACCCCUAUUGGAAACAGAUAUGAGUGUGGUAGAUGUGGUCACACCCAUGGAGCUGCAUCACUUAGGUUCAAAGUUGAGGUGAUGGCAUGUGACAGAACGGGUAGCAUAACAUUGUUAAUGUGGGAUAGGGAAAUGGUACAGCUAUGCGGGAGGCAAGCUGACCAGGGCAAGAACGAGGCUUUUGAUGGAGAUGGAUACCCCCCGGCUUUGGAAACCAUGAUGGGUAGGAAGUUACUUUUCAAGAUUAACGUUAAAUCAUCGAACAUUAGAUAGUAUGACCAGGUCUAUACUAUCAUGAAAAUAUGUGAUGAUGAGGAGAUUAUAGAGAUGAAUCACCCCAAGGAAGUGCAUAAUCUCCCCUUUGAUGCUAUAACUGAUUAUUGUGUGCUCAUUUAUAGGACAAUGGGUGCAGUGACUCGAUCAACGUGUCGGCAGUUUUGGCCAAUAUGCAAAAUGAUACUGAUUCUAUUUUUUCUAUGGAUGGUAUUGAGGACAGUGUCACCAGCCUCAAAGAAAACCCCAGCUAAAAGAGAUACCAUGGGGAUGAAACAGUCUUUGCCUAUAAAUGUUGACAAUGAAGAUGAAUUGAGAUUUUCCACGAACAAGUUCAGUCGCAAGGGUGGAAAGAGGCAGAAGAUGCAAAUUAGUGGGAGUGAUAAUUAGGCAUAAUGCAUGAUUAAUAGCAUGGUUGGAUCUUAGUAUGUUGUUUGGUAUGCGGAUUAUUUUGGUUCCUAUAUUUUGAUACAGUUAUGGAAUCAAAUUGACAAUGUUUAGAGGUUUCUGCAUUUUGAUAUGUGUAGUACUUUUGUUUUUGUAUUAGUUCAGCCAUAAGUAUGCUAAUUUAUGGUACUUGGUUAUUUCGAA